CUGGUGGAAUGUGCUGUGGACGUGAACGUCAACGUGUCAACGUUCCCUUUCACGUGUAAAGAGAAAAUAUCCGUUUGGUUCGUUCAGUACGCUUUGCAUAUUGUUCGUUUAGAGUUGUGCUAGAAGAUGCCACCCAAAAGUUCCUCCAAGCCCUUCACCAAGGAAGAGGAGUUGCUCCUGCAGGACUUCAGCCGGAAUGUCACCACGAAAUCGUCAGCGUUAUUCUACGGUAACGCGUUCAUCGUGUCCGCAAUACCCAUCUGGCUCUUCUGGAGGAUCCACAUGAUCGACGUCUACGCGUCGCUUCUGCCCUUCCUCUUCGUGACGGUGGCGUCGACCUACCUAAUCGCGAUCGCCUACAAAAACACCAAGUUCACGUUGAAGCACAAAAUCGCUGUGAAACGCGAGGACGCGGUCGCUUGGGACCUAAACAAGAAGCUGUCCGAGGACAAGAAGAUGAGCAAGAAGGAGAAGGAUGAGCGGAUCUUGUGGAAGAAGAACGAGGUCGCCGACUUCGAGGCGACCACCUUCUCGAUCUUCUACAACAACGCCCUGUUCCUGGCGAUCGUCAUAUUCGCGAGCUUCUACCUGCUUCGAAGCUUCGCGCCAUCGGUCAACUACAUCUUUUCCGUCGGUACGACGGCCGGACUACUCGCACUUUUGUCGACGGGCUCGAAGUAAUUUAUUGUUUUUGUACACGCUCAUUUAAAUAAACGCAUCGUUUCGUA